GGGGGCGGAGCCGGCGCGGCCCGAGCGCGGCGCCCCCAACAUGGAGGGCUGGCGAGGAGCCUGGUAUGUGCCAUGUCUAGCUUCACUUGAGACCCUCCAAGAAUUAUGUAGGAAGGAAAAUCUCACAUGUAAAUCCCUUGGAAUCACCAACAGGAGUCUAAAGAGUUAUGAGGUGGAAUAUUUGUGUGACUACAAGGUAGAAGAGGGCAAAGCAUACUAUCUUGUGAAAUGGAAAGGAUGGCCAGAAUCUUCAAAUACUUGGGAACCUCGGAAACAUCUGAACUGCCCUCUGCUUAUUCAGAACUUUCUUAGAGACAAGAAUGAAUACUUGUCUCGGGAGGGAGAAGGCAAAGCAAUGAGAGUGAGAAACCACGUUAAAACUUUGAAACCUGCAGUUGCAGAUUAUGUUGUAAAAAAGGCUAAACAAAGAAUAGCUCUGCAGAGGUGGAAGGAAGAACUCAACAGGAAAAAGAAUCACAAAGCGAUGAUUCUGGUAGAAAACACCGUGGAUCUUGAAGGCCCUCCUUUAGAUUUCUACUACAUCAAUGAGUAUAAACCUGCUCCAGGAAUAAAUGUGCUCAAUGGAAUAACAACUGGCUGUGAAUGUGCUGACUGCCCUGCUGAGAAGUGCUGUCCAAAGGAGGCUGGGUUUAUUUUGGCUUACAAUAAACGUAAGAAAUUGAAAAUCCAGCCUGGCUUGCCCAUCUAUGAGUGCAAUUCAUAUUGUAGGUGUGGGCCUGACUGCCUGAAUAGGAUUGUACAGAAAGGGACCCCCUAUUCCCUCUGCAUCUUCAGAACCAACAAUGGCCGUGGCUGGGGAGUAAAAACCCUCCAGAAAAUUAGAACCAACAGUUUUGUGAUGGAGUAUGUUGGAGAGGUGAUUACAAGUGAGGAAGCAGAGAGGCGAGGCCAGCUCUAUGACAACCAGGGAAAUACAUACUUGUUUGAUUUGGACUAUGACUCAGAUGAAUUUACAGUAGAUGCAGCUCGAUAUGGAAAUGUGUCCCACUUUGUGAACCACAGUUGUGAUCCAAAUCUUCAAGUCUUCAAUGUGUUUAUUGAUAACCUCGACUUACGUCUUCCUCGAAUAGCGCUGUUCUCUACCCGAACCAUCAAGGCUGGAGAAGAGCUAACCUUUGACUAUCAGAUGAAAGGUUCAGUGGAUCUGACUUCAGACUCUGCUGAAGGUCUUAGCCCAUCCAAAAAGAGGAUCAGAACUGUCUGUAAAUGUGGAGCCAUGUGUUGCAGAGGUUAUCUCAACUGAGUUCGGGUAUCCAAAGUCACAAAUAGUUUGUUCUUUUUUUAAUGUGUUUUAAGAAGACUCUUCUUUCACAUACAUAUUCAAGUAUUCUUACAUCUGAUGUAAAUAAGGAUGGUGAAAACAAGGUAUUGUUUGUAUUUGAAAUGGCAUUGGCCAAAGAAAGAGACUGUAGCAUUUCAAGCCAAUACAAAACUGAUAAUGGGGGGUUAAAAAUUCAAUUUUCUAGAGCAGUUGUUUAAGAAGUCGUAAAAUGUGUGCAAAGAAAACUCUAAAAUGUACCUUGAUUUGAAUAUUCCUAGAAUCACAGAAUAAGCUGGUUUGGAAGGAAACCUCAAGGGUCAUCAUGUCCAACUCUUGGUCCUGCACAGGACAUCCCCAAGAGUCACUCCCUGUGCUGAGAGCAUUGUCCAAAUGCAUCUUGAACUCUGCCA